UGUUCGGGCACUCAGGGUGUCCAGAGAGGGUCCUGCCUGAGCCUAGGUGCUUGGACUGCUAGAGUGACAGGUGUUACUGGAGGAGUCCAGUGGACACGCAGCUAUGGGGCUGCUGACAGGGGAUGUGUUGGUGUCCCUGGCUUUGGCUGCGGCGAUCUUCUUUCUCCUAGUGGAUCUGAUGCACCGGCGCCCACGCUGGGCUGCACGCUACCCGCCAGGCCCCAUGUCAAUGCCAGGGCUGGGCAACCUGCUGCAAGUGGACUUCCAGGAUGUACCCUGGUGCUUUGGCCAGCUGCGACGCCGCUUCGGGGAUGUGUUCAGCCUGCAGCUGGCCUGGACCCCGGUGGUCGUGGUGAACGGGCUGGAGGCCGUGCGCGAGGCGCUGGUGAAGCACAACGAGGACACUGCCGACAGGCCUCCCUCCCCAGUCUACGAGCACCUGGGCUACAGGCCACAUAUGGAAGGGGUGAUCCUGGCGCGCUACGGGCCCGACUGGCGCGAGCAGCGGCGCUUCUCCUUGUCCACUCUGCGCUUCUUCGGUCUGGGCAAGAAGUCGCUGGAGCUGUGGGUGACUGAGGAGGCCGCCUGCCUCUGUGCCGCCUUCGCCGACCACGCCGCACGGCCCUUUAGCCCCAACGCGCUCCUGAACAAAGCGGUGGGCAACGUGAUCGCGUCCCUCACCUACGGGCGCCGCUUCGAGUACGACGACCAGAGCUUCCUCAGGCUAAUGGAAUUGGUGAUGGAGGCACUGAAGGAGGAUUCUGGCCUCCUACGCGAGGUGCUGAAUGCUGUCCCCGUGCUCCUGCGCAUCCCCGGGCUGCCUGGCAAGGUCUUCCCUGCACAGAAGGCUUUCAUGGCCCUGCUCGAUGAGCUGGUGACUGAGCACAGGAUGACCCGGGACCCGGCCCAGCCACCCAGAGACCUGACUGACGCCUUCCUGGCCGAGGUGGAGAAGGCCAAGGGGAACCCAGACAGCAGCUUCACCGAUGAGAACCUGCGGAUGGUGGUGUCUGACCUGUUCUCCGCUGGGAUGGUGACCACCUCGACCACGCUGGCCUGGGGCCUCCUGCUCAUGAUCCUGCACCCGGAUGUGCAGCGCCGUGUCCAACAGGAGAUUGACGAAGUGAUAGGAAAGGUGCGGCGACCAGCAAUGGGUGACCAGGCCCACAUGCCCUUCACCACUGCUGUGAUUCACGAGGUGCAGCGCUUUGCGGACAUCAUCCCCCUGGGUGUGCCCCACAUGACGACCCGUGACAUUGAAGUGCAGGGCUUCCUAAUCCCCAAGGGGACAACACUCUUCACCAACCUGUCAUCGGUGCUGAAGGACGAGGCGGUCUGGGAGAAGCCUUUCCGCUUCCACCCGGAACACUUCCUGGACGCUCAGGGCCGCUUCGUGAAGCCUGAGGCCUUCAUGCCUUUUUCAGCAGGCCGCCGCAUGUGCCUCGGGGAGCCCCUGGCCCGCAUGGAGCUCUUCCUCUUCUUCACCUCCCUCCUGCAGCGCUUCAGCUUCUCGGUGCCGCCGGGACACCCUCAGCCCAGCGACCACGGUGUCUGUAACUUCCUGGUUACCCCGUCCCCAUACCAGCUUUGUGCUGUGCCCCGCUAGGGCCCGACACCAGGCCCCAGCCUUCUCCCCGGCCGGGGGCCCUGAUGUCCAAUAAACCAAUGUGCUUUGCCCA